AUGCUACCACCACCACUUAAUUACUCUCCGAAUCUCGAACUCUCACUCUCUUUGGCCUUCCCUCUUGGUCCCUCCCUCUUGGUCCCUCCCUUAUGGUUCCUCCUCCUUGGUUCCUCCUCCUUCGUGGUCCCUCCUCCCUGGUGGUCCCUCCUCCGCGGUUCCUCCUUGGUUCCUCCUUCGCGGACCCUCCUUCCUGGACCCUCCUUCCUGGACCCUACUUCGUGGACCCUCCUUCUUGGACCCUCCUUCCUGGAUCCUCCUUCAUGGACCCUACUUCCCGGACCCUCCUUUGCGGACCCUCCUUCUUGGACCCUCCUUCGCGGACCCUCCUUUGUGGACCCUCCUCCCUCUUAUACUCGUUUUCUGUCUUUUGUAGUGUUAUAUAUGUCGGGAUAUCUGGAGAAAUUUACGAUUAGCUAA